CGUCACAUGAAGUCACCACAAAUCUUCUGCUAGAUAAAAAUUGAUGGAUUGCAGCAUUAUAGAGAGAAACUAGAGGCACCGCCAAUAGGAUGCCACCGCACUUUCAUCACAGACUACCUCUCUCUCUCCACCACCUCCUCACGCCACCCCGCACCACCGUCCUCCACCGGCAAACCACUCCAAUUCUCCCACCACCCAUGUCCACCAUGUCUUCCUCAUCACCAUCCCAUUCACUACACCCCGACCCAGACCAACUCAACCAAGCCAUAAACUACCACAACCAGACCAAACACUCCUUCACCAACUACGCCAGGGGCCCCCAUGGCCUCGACUGGGCCAACCAGCCCAACCCUUUUCGCCGUUACAUCUCUUCCCCUCUCCUCCCUCUCUCUCACUUCCCCAUUGAUCAGAGUGAUCCCAAUCCCUCGAACCCUAAUAAUAAUAAUAACUCCCCUCUCUUUUCUUCCCUCUUCCAUUCUCUCCCCUCUCCAAAACCCCUCUCCAAAUCCACCGUUUCUCAGCUCUUCUACGAUUCUCUCGCCCUAUCGGCCUGGAAAACUUCUGGGUUAUCCACCUGGUCGCUCCGAGUAAACCCUAGCAGCGGCAACCUCCACCCAACCGAGGCCUACAUCAUUUCACCACCGAUCGAUUCGGUGUCGAAUUCGCCUUUCGUGGCGCAUUACGCCCCGAAAGAACAUUCUUUGGAGAUCAGAGCCCAUAUCCCUUCUGGGUUUUUCCCCAAGUUCUUCCCGGAGGGUUCUUUUCUUAUCGGGUUUUCGUCCAUUUUCUGGCGUGAGGCCUGGAAGUACGGCGAGCGGGCGUUUAGGUAUUGUAAUCAUGACGUGGGUCAUGCUGUUGCCGCGGUUUCGAUGGCUGCGGCGGAGUUGGGUUGGGAUGUCAGGAUUCUUGAUGGGUUGGGUUAUGUGGAGUUGGAGAAGCUUAUGGGGCUUGAGUUUUACAAAGAGUUCAAAAUCCCGUCUAGACCGGUUAAGGGGAAGUUCCCCGAGAUCGAAUUCGAGCACCCUGAUUGUGUUCUUGUUGUUUUUCCCAUUGGGGUUGAUGAAUUUGACGUGGAUUAUGGAGUAUUGAGUUCGGCUAUAUUGGAGUUUUCCAAGUUGGAGUGGAAAGGAAAGCCUAAUGUGCUCAGUAAAGAGCAUGUUUGCUGGGAUAUAAUCUAUAGAACAGCAGAGGCUGUGAAGAAGCCAUUAGAGGUAGGAAGUAAAUUUAUGGUUGAUCUGUUGCAACCGAGUGGACUGGUUAGUGAAGGGUCAUAUAAGGGUUUUACAGUAAGGGAGGUCGUCAGGAAGCGGCGGAGUGCAGUGGAUAUGGAUGGAGUAACUGCUAUGGAGAGAGGAACGUUUUAUCAGAUUCUGCUACAUUGUCUUCCUUCGGGUUCUGGAAGCGGGGAGAAACAAAGGAAACAAUUGGCAUUGCCAUUUCGGGCCAUGUGUUGGGAUGCUGAGGUGCAUGCUGCUUUGUUUGUUCAUCGCGUUGAAGGGUUGCCAAAGGGUUUAUAUUUCUUGGUGAGGAAUGAAGACCAUUUUGAUGAUAUCAAGAAGGCUACUAAGUCUGAGUUUAAGUGGGAGAAACCAGAAGGUUGCCCUGAUGAUCUCCCUCUGUAUGAACUUGUUAGAGGUGAUUGUAGGAAGCUUGCUAAACAGCUUUCUUGCCAUCAGGAUAUUGCCGGUGAUGGCUGCUUCAGUCUAGGCAUGGUGGCUCACCUUGAGCCUACAUUGCGUUCCAAGGGGGCAUGGAUGUAUCCUCGGUUAUUCUGGGAGACUGGAGUUCUUGGUCAGGUGUUGUACCUUGAAGCGCAUGCAGUUGGCAUCUCAGCUACUGGAAUUGGUUGCUUCUUCGAUGAUCCUGGCAUUUCCCAUGUGCUUCUGGAGUGGAUUUUGUCGAAAUCACAUAGAGAGACAAAAAUAUAAGAACCGGACAGGAAUCCGGAGAAGCUCUAACGUUGGACGGCUUGCGAAGAAAAUCAAGGUCGUGGGAAAUCUGGAGAAGAGAUAGAGAAACACGUCACCGGAGAAGCUCAGACGUCGGACGCCAGAGAGAGGACGUUGCCGGAGGAAGGAGGGUGAGAAUGGAGGGAGGAGGUGUCCAGGAGGGUGCGGCGUUGUGUUUGAAAAUUAAAAGCAUAAGUGAGCAUUAACCCUAAUCUGAAACGUGUAUCAACUAUCUACAUACAUUAAUAAGUUACAAAAUUAUGUACAAGGACCAUAACUAUAGAUAAUAUGGUUUGGUUCAGGUAUCGGUUCGGGUAGCUGCGAAACCAUAACCGAACCGAACCCAUUCGGUUAUCCCGUUGCCUCUACCAUAUCCGUACCCAUGGGGAAAAAAUCAGUCAUGGUCGGCGAAAAAAGAGCGGUUUGCUUUGAGUACCCAUAGGUUCGGUACAAAUGGCCAUCCCUAGCCAUUUGAUGGUGCUCUGCCCGAGGAGGGUCCCAAUAACACUCAACUCCAGCAGCAGUAAUGGCUUGAAUCUCAGUAAAACUUUUACCCUCUAUGGUUCAACAAACCUGUUGCGGUUUUCUCGGGUUGGCGGUUAAACCAUCUAAUUUGCGUGGUUUUUAAAAAUGAAGCCGGUUUUAAUAACAUGCCCUUUUUUUUUUUUUGGGGUAAUUCAGAUCGGAACACGAGCAGGACAAAUGUUUAACUAGUUGGAUCGGCCAGUUUGGUCCGGUUUUAAAACAUUGCGUUUAGAUUUGCUAUAUUGCAAGUGUCAACCAUUAUGUCCCUCUAAUGAUUCUUGUCAAGAUCCUUUUAAUUGAUCUACCUAGGACACUAUCCCGUGUGUUCCAUGUCAUCAUCUCCCCUCCCUACGACGAAGAGGAAGAACUUCACAAAUGAGAUCUCAUAUGCCAAGCCAACAGAGUAGGAGGUACCAGAAUCAAAUAUAGUUGAAUUGGGUCUAAGGAAUCUUAUUUGGAUGUAAGAUUUGGACAUAAGAUCAUCAUAUGGUAGUUAAUUAGGUGGUGGGCACAUCGCUAUUCUCACGCAUGAUUGGACCAACAAUAAGUGGCUCGUGAAUAGAUAUAUGGGGUACGGCUCAUUGUUGGCUCCUUUGGGCCACUCUCCUUUUCAAUGAUUGUGACUACUCUAUGAAUGAAUAUUCAAGCUACAAUCCUCGAUUUAUGCUGCCAAAAUAUGUUACAUGGACUCUUCUUAAGGGAGAAAUACCCGUUUCGGACACCCGACACAUGGGGGUGUGAGUCGUGUCAACAUGCUGUAUGACAUCUCCUAAACAAGAUAUGGAGCCAAGAAGACGGAGAAAAAUUCUAGGUUAUGUGAAAUUUUUCGUGUUCGACAAGUUCAGUUGGACAUUCACCUAGCAAGCA